AAAAUGAAAAACCAGUCAGUAGAGAUUGUGUUCAUUUUGCUUGGACUGACUGAUGACCCUCACCUUCAAAUUCUGAUUUUCCUGUUUAUGUUUUUCAAUUACAUCUUGAGCCUGAUGGGGAACUUAGUAAUUAUCUUCCUCACUCUGCUGGAUCUUCGUCUCAAGACUCCAAUGUACUUCUUUCUGCGGAAUUUCUCGUUCUUGGAAAUUGCAUUCACAACUGCCUGUAUUCCACGAUUCUUGAUGAGCAUUCUCACUGGAGACAAAACAAUUACCUACAAUGCUUGUGUAGCUCAAUUAUUCUUCUUUUUUCUACUACUUAUCACUGAGUUUUACCUCUUGGCUGCCAUGUCCUAUGACCGCUAUGUAGCCAUCUGCAGACCACUGCACUACCCCAUCAUCAUGAAUAGCAAAGUAUGCCACAUACUAGUUAUCAGCUCCUGGGUGACUGGGUUUUUAUCCAUAUUCCCCCCUUUAAUGUUGGGACUCAAACUGGUAUUCUGUGCUUCCAAAACUGUAGAUCACUUCCUGUGUGACACUUCUCCUGUCCUGCAGCUGUCUUGCACAGACACACGUUUCAUAGAAUGGAUUGCAUUUGUCGUAGCUGUCAUGACACUUAUCAUCACCUUGAUCUUAGUGAUUCUCUCCUACACACUCAUCAUCAAAACCAUCCUAAAAUUCCCUUCAGCUCAACAGCGGAAAAAGGCCUUUUCCACCUGCUCCUCACACAUGGUUGUUGUCUCCAUUACUUAUGGGAGUUGUAUCUUCAUGUAUAUAAAAACAUCAGCCAAGGAGAGGGUGACUUUAAAUAAAGGUGUAGCUGUGCUCAACACUUCUGUGGCCCCUUUACUAAACCCUUUCAUUUACACUCUAAGGAACCAGCAGGUGAAGGAUGCUUUCAAACAGGUGCUCCACAGAUUGUGUUAUUCUCAAACAGUGAAAUAA